AUGUUUUCAUUUUUACUUAUCAAAUCAUUUUCAAGUAUAUAUGCAUUAGAUAUUGGAAAUGAUGGAAUCAGAGUUGGUGUAGCUUCCAAUGAGAAUGGAGUAUUCAUUCAGCCUUCUUCUCGCGGAACUAGAUCUACUCCUAAUGUUAUUGGCAUAUUAAACGAAACAAGAGGCAAUGAAACAAAGGAAAAAAUCACAUACGGUUUCGAAACUAUCAUUUCUGAAUCAAGAAAUAAAUCGUCAGUACAAAAAAAUCCAUUCAAUUACAUCGUAAACCAAGAUAGAUACAAAUUAACAGAAUUACAUCCUUCAGUCGCUUCUGCACUUCUUUUAAGGAGUGUUGUUCCUACAGUUUCUCAGAAAGAUCAAAUAAUUUUUGCUGUUCCUUCUGCUAGUACACCACAUUACAGAUCAUCGUUGCACGAACUUGCUCAGAUAUCAGGUUUUACAGAUGUUGAAAUCAUAGAUCAAAGUACAGCGCUUGCUUCACUUUAUAUCGCUGAAAGAGUUAACAGAACAGCAAGAAAACAAGAAACAGUAUUAUUUAUCGAAAUAGGUGUUUCUCAAAUAGAGGUUACACUUUGGAAGUUCAUUCCAAUACCAAAUCGCGUAAAUAUCACAUUAUUAAAAUAUCAUUACACAGAUAAGAUCAGCGGCGAAAAAAUAGACCAAUUAUUCGCAAGUUAUAUCAAGUCAAAGCUUUCUACUCACAUUGAUGAAGAAAUUUUAAUUAAAAUCGGAAAGAAAGCAAAAGAAAUGCUCACAACCGACAAAUAUGCAGAAGUAUUUAUCAACGAGUUGAAUACAACCAUUAAUGUCACAAGAGAUGAAGCUCGUGAAAUUACAAAGCCAAUAAUCACAAAAUUAAGAGAGAUUCUGAAAGAUUUCGAAGCACAAACAGUUGAAAUAUGUGGUGGAGCAUCCAGAUAUUUCGCAAUUAAUGAGCUUUCCAAAGAAAUUUUCGGAAAUUCACUCAGAACAGAUUUUGCAAGCCAAGACUCCAUUGCUCUUGGUACAGCCUAUUAUUCAGCUAUAAAGGCAAGAAUUGCAGGCAAUAUGAAGCUUUUCAUUGAUAGAGAUGCAAUUUUUAAUUAUUAUGUUAACAAAAGUGGCAAAACAGUUCAAUUAUUAUCAGGCGGACAACCAUAUAUUCGCAAAUUCUUUAAUGUCCUUGAAAAAUCCAAGUUUGAAUUCUAUCUUAAUGCAGAUCUUCCGAAAUCCCUUGAAACAACAGUUGACGUUGAAACUUCUAAACUUGCACAUGGUUCAUUUACACUUGUUUCGGUCGAUGGAUUCGAUAAAUUUGAAGGAAGAGCCGAUAAAGAUGGAAAAUUUUUAUUAAACAUUACUUUGUUGCCAACACGAGGUUAUGGUGAAUACAUUGUUACAAGUGUUACAGGACAACGUAGAAAGAUGAAUUUCGAUGUCUCCGAGCGUUGUCCUGAUGAAAAGAGAGCACCGAGUGGCGGCAUUUUCGAGACAAUGAAGAAAGAAGUUGCAAUAAUUAAAGCGAACAAACCAUUAACAGCAAGAUCCGAAUUGGAAAUGUUUUUGGCCGAUGUUGAAGAGAGAUUAUUGUAUGAUUCAGAUGCCGCUUACGUUGUUAAACCUGAAGAACAAUCAUCAGCAUUGUCAUAUAUCAAUGAAUGCCGUGUAAAUAUGACAACAAUGAAGACAAAAAGACUCAGAAAAUUGUUAAGUUCCAGCCAAUUAAGAUUAAAUGAAUUUUUAAUAAGAAGUGAUGAAAGAAAGGAAAGACCAUUUGCUGCGGAAUCACUCCAACAGGCAAUAGACCAUAUAGAAAAGAGAAUUCCGGAUGCUACUUCUGAUGAUACAACAGUUAAUUCUGUUAAAGAUUUCAUUCAAAAUGCAAAGGAUUACAUGAAGAUGGCUUUGGAAGUAGAUAGAUAUUCGACACCUGUAAUCCUUGCAAAGGAUUUAAGAAGAAAAGCAGAAAGUGUCAUGAAGAAAGAAACAGAUCUUUUCGCAGGAAAAAGAGCAUCAAAUGCACAAGAAUUGUAA